GGAACGGAUAGGUGGGACCUAAGACAGAGGAAAAUAAGUGCCAGUAUCAGUGGGGACGUAAUUCACGGCACUGCAGUGGGACAACUGAAUACUCAACUUAAAAUCGCAUUUGGAAAGCAGAACCAUUCCUUUCUUCUUUGUUACUGUCUCCGGAACAAGUGUCACUAGCAACAGACGGUUCUGUUGCUUCAGUUUCACAGCAGGUGACCCCCACCCCUCCGCCAAAAUCCGGCUAUUAGAUGUGACCACGAGGUUGAUCAGGAGAAGCCACCAUGUCUUAAACGCAGACGGGCCCUCUGGAGCCCUAUCCCCCCACCCUGGCCCAUCCUCCCCCUCCCUCAUCCACCACCUUACCCCCUCUCCAAGUCCCAUCCCUCUCCCAGACCUCCCUGCACAUGUGAGGGACAGGCUACCUAACCCUGGCUCCCCACUGGCACACCCCUCCCCCCCCUCAGGAGAGAUGAGCUUGCAGAAGCACCAGCAGCUGGGUGGUGGUAGUGGUGGGGUGAUGGGCUCUGACCGGGACCUGCAGUCCACUGCUUCCUCAAUUUCACUGCCCUCUGUGAAAAAAGCCCCCAAGAAGAGGCGCCUCUCCCUGACCUCUCUUUUCAGAAGGCGAGGACGGGAGCCCAAAUUAGGGCGCCAAAGGUCCCGAGAGCUCCAGCACCCUGGACCUGGAGGCCUUGCAGGGGUGGAUGGCAUUGCCAGCAUUGAGAGCAUCCACUCUGAGAUGUGUAAUGACAAGAACUCUGCCUUCUCUGUGGCUGGGGCCGGAGCUGCCUCCGCUGCUGCUGCUGCUGCUGCUGCUGCCGCCGCCGCUGCCGCCGCCGCCGCCGCUGCUGCUGCUGCCACCUCAUCUGCCUCAGGGCCUUCUUCCUCUACCUCGUCCUCUUCCUCUAAGGUGGGGGGUGGGGUGGGGGCAGAGCUACUGGAGUGCCCGCUGUGCCUUCUGCGCCACUCCAGGGAGAACUUCCCUGACAUCAUGACCUGUCACCACCGCUCCUGCAUCGAUUGCCUGCGCCAGUACCUGCGCAUUGAGAUCUCAGAGUCGCGCGUCAACAUCAGCUGCCCCGAGUGCUCGGAGCGCUUCAACCCGCACGACAUCCGCAUGAUCUUGAGUGACCGGGCGCUCAUGGAGAAGUAUGAGGAGUUCAUGCUGAGGAGGUGGCUGGUGGCUGAUCCUGACUGCCGCUGGUGCCCCGCGCCAGACUGUGGGUAUGCAGUGAUAGCCUUUGGGUGUGCCAGCUGUCCUAAGAUCACUUGCGGCAGGGAGGGCUGCGGUACCGAGUUCUGUUACCACUGUAAGCAGCUGUGGCAUCCCAACCAAACCUGUGAUGCAGCACGGCAGCAGAGAGCCCAGAGCCUUCGUCUGAGGACCAUCCGCUCGUCCUCCCUCAGCUACAGCCAAGAGAGCGGAGCUGCAGCUGAUGACAUCAAGCCAUGUCCGCGAUGUGCUGCUUACAUCAUCAAGAUGAACGACGGCAGCUGUAACCACAUGACCUGUGCCGUCUGCGGAUGUGAGUUCUGUUGGCUCUGUAUGAAGGAAAUCUCAGACCUGCACUACCUGAGUCCAUCGGGCUGUACAUUCUGGGGUAAGAAGCCAUGGAGCAGGAAGAAGAAGAUUUUGUGGCAACUGGGAACACUUGUGGGUGCCCCUGUCGGCAUCGCACUCAUCGCUGGUAUAGCUAUUCCCGCCAUGAUUAUCGGCAUCCCUGUAUAUGUGGGAAGGAAGAUCCACAACCGCUACGAAGGCAAAGAUAUUUCCAACCACAAGAGGAACCUGGUGAUCGCUGGUGGGGUGACGCUCUCUGUCAUCGUGUCUCCUGUAGUAGCUGCAGUCACUGUCGGCAUUGGCGUUCCCAUCAUGCUUGCCUACGUCUAUGGCGUUGUUCCCAUCUCUCUGUGCCGCAGUGGAGGUUGUGGUGUCUCAGCCGGGAAUGGCAAAGGAGUCCGCAUCGAGUUUGAUGAUGAAAAUGACAUGAAUGUUGGCAGCGGGGCAGCUGCCACUGAUACUACAUCAGUGGCAGACACAAGGAACAACCCCAGUAUAGGUGAAGGCAGUGUUGGGGGGUUGACGGGCAGCCUGAGUGCCAGUGGUAGCCACAUGGACCGUCUGGGGGCCAUCAGAGACAACCUGAGUGAGACAGCCUCCACCAUGGCCCUGGCUGGAGCCAGCAUCACCGGCAGCCUCUCUGGCAGUGCCAUGGUCAAUUACCUAAACAGGCUGGAGGUGCAGGCUGAUGUGCAGAAGGAGCGUUGCAGUCUCAGUGGUGAAUCUGGCACCGUCAGCCUAGGUACAAUCAGCGACAAUGCUAGCACCAAAGCAAUGGCUGGAUCCAUUCUUAAUGCCUACAUGCCUCUAGACAGAGAUGGGAACAGUAUGGAGGUCCAGGUUGACAUUGAAUCCAAACCCAGCAAACUACGGCACCACAGUGGCAGCAGCAGUGUAGAUGACAGCCAUGUCGGUCGCUGUGGCUGGACGUGCCCCUCUAAUGGCUGCACCUCGUCAGAGGGCAAAGGAACCUCCGCCAAGUGGGCCAAAGAGGCAUCCUGCUGCUCCUCCUCCAGCUCUGGGGGCAAAAAGAGCAAAGGCAAGCUGCGCAAGAAAGGCUGCGGUGGCACCAAAAUCAACGAGACACGGGAAGACAUGGACGCUCAGCUGCUGGAGCAGCGCAGCACCAACUCCUCUGAGUUCGACUCUCCUUCGCUGAGCGGCAGCCUGCCUUCCGUGGCUGACUCCCACUCCAGCCACUUCUCUGAGUUCAGCUGCUCCGAUCUGGAAAGCAUGAAGACGUCCUGUAGCCACGGCUCCGGUGGAGGCGACUACCACACGCGCUUUGCCACUGUCAGCCCUUUACCUGAGGUAGAGAAUGACCGUCUGGAGACCUGCCCCACUUCUUCAUCGUCCUCCUCCCAUGGACAAGGAGCUGUGAUCACUCCCCACUCCCCCACCUCCACCACUUCCUCCCUGGGCCACGGGCCAGAGCUCUCACCUCUCUGCUUCAUCACAGAGGAGAAUGUCAACCUGGUGUGUCCCGCUGAGCUGGACUCUCACAGCAACACUGGAGAGCAGCUUAAAGAAACCAACAACAACCACCACCGACCGCAACAUCUAACCCAAACCCAGCAGCAGCCCAAGAACUCCUGUAUACAGACUGACAUCUAAAAUCUCAAUACCUUAAGUGCUGCACAAACGCUGUUUUUAUUUAACAUCCUUUCCUCCAUUAAACUAACAAUCAUAGCCUACAGUUUAGCCUGCAUUUUCUGUUAGUCCUUUGUAAAGGGGACAUGUUAUUUUGGGAUUCAUGUCCUUCAUAAAAAAAACAACCUUUGAGUGAAACAGCUCUGUGUCCGCUGACUGUCAAAAGGCUGGAAGUAUUAAAAGGUUCCCAAAGUGCAGCCAUGUGAGUAGUGUUAAGGUUGUGAAUGCUGGUGUUUCUCCCUGUGCGACCCACAGACUGCUGACUCAUUUUUGACAGUUCACUCUCUUGCCACUUGUAACAGAAGACAGCCCACUGAUUUGGUUGCUGUCAUUUUGAUCUGUGUAGGUUAUAAUAAAACCACUGUGCCAGUUUUGCAAGUAUUUGAUUCUGGCCCUAUAAUGUGGAUGCAAAACCAUGCAGGAAUCUUAAUGUUACAGCUUUCUAGAAGUUGACUCAAACAGGGACCAGGCAAUAUGAUUCACUAUUUCCUCUAUUUCUUUUCCCCAAAAUAUAUUAGUCACAGAGGAGCCUUUGUGUUCUUGUCUGUAUUUAUUAUUAGACUUUUUUUGUUUGUUUUUUUCCCUGGAUGUUAAAUGAAACAUCUAAUAUAUAAAUAUGAGGCCUGAGCUCCACAUUGUGAAGCAUUUUAGCACUAAAAUUGACUCGUACCACAACCAAUAUUAUCCAUACAUGGAUGUACAGAGUCCCAUUGUGGGAGAAGGUGCUUGGCAGCUUGGUAACCACUGAGUUUAGACCUGUAGCCUAAAACUCUGUGUGCGCUUUUAGUGCUAAGAUGACUUUGGACGCUCGGGCUUUGUUUAGUUCUGUGGAAAUCUUGUGAUGAUAUGUUGGGGGGUGGGUGGGUGAGGGUUGAUGAGAUUUGAAAAAGGUCUCUGGAAGGCCACAGUUGUCAAGAUAAUGCUUAAAGUCAUUAUAAUAACAUUAACCAAUGGGUUGGUCAAUUCUGUGAAAUUGUAUAAAGAAAAUGUUUUUGUCCUUUUCAAAGGUGAUUUAUUCAGGCUGAUGGUCUCGCCUCACUGAGUAAGAGAGAGCUUUGAUAUCUUUCUUUGUUAACUCAUGGUGCCUUUAAGAAGCUGUGUUGUUUGUCUCUCUCCACUGUGUCUUCAAGACUCCAAACAGCAACUUAUUAUAGGUUACAGAAUGUGUGUCUGUGUAGGAGGGAUGCUCAUUUCCAUACAGAACACACUGUGGUAGACAUGGUAAAUGAAGACUUUGCAAUUGCCUACCAAAGACAGCACUCAGGCUAUUGUUAAAUCUUAUACCUUUGAAUUGUCACCUGUACACACAGUGUGGUGAAACCUUUUACACCAUGGGGAUGAAUGACGACAAGACCCAGGAUUAUACAGACAUACAGACUGCUGUUUCAUACAUGCUUCACAAAUGCUACGCAAAUAACUGAGGCCGCAAAAUGGCCCAAGGCACCUGCACUGUUACCCGUAUUUCUUAUUACAUUGAUGUUCUGCAAUGCACAAGAUUAAUAGGGGUACAUAGGUUUGUUAUGGGUUACCUUCCCUAUUGAUUUUCCUGCAACUCCAGUUGUCAAUCAGUGCUGCUGAGCAGACUUGAAGUCAGAUUCUGUUUUCAGCACUUUUCUUUCAGAGCGUUUGCUAAAGCCUGUCUUUACUGCUCAGCGGUCAGCUUUAUUGAGGCCACUGAGUCAGCUCAGGUGAACCUCUACCACGUAGGUAAAAGCAUCCUGAAUGGUAUUUUGACCCGGGCCUGUUACUGAAUGAACACAGUUUAGUUCGGUGGAUAAGGCUACAUGCUGCAGUCCUCCCCACAUUAAAGCAAAAUGUUUUGUUCUUCCCCACCUUGGUUCUUUUUCCUCAUUCUUCAGCAAAACUCCCCUUUCUCAAUCCUAAUUUGAACACUAGUGCCAGAUAUAAUUUGUAAUUUGUGCAGAAUGGCAUAAGGUAUUUGUAUAUUUGUUUGGUAAUUUGCUUUACUAUAUGCGUGUAAAUGCAUAUCAGAAA